AUGGGUCAUGGAACCAACAGAGUAGAAGACAUGUCGUCUCCAAACAAUGGAACCGCCGCAGCCGCAGUCGCAACCCCGAGAGAAACGAUCGUGCAGAUACACAGUGUUUGUCUACCGCCGAAGAAAACAGCGUUUCAGAAACUGAAAAAGCGGUGUGCUGAUGUUUUCUUCCCGGAUGAUCCUUUAGAGAAGUUUAGGGACCAGACAUGGAGAAACAGAGUGCUUCUGGGUCUUCAAAGCUUGUUUCCGAUAUUCACAUGGGGUUCACAGUACGAUCUCAAGCUUUUUAGGUCCGAUGUUGUCUCUGGUCUCACCAUUGCCAGUCUCGCCAUCCCUCAGGGAAUCAGCUAUGCCAAGCUAGCAAACUUACCUCCCAUAGUUGGUCUUUAUUCAAGCUUUGUGCCACCACUUAUAUACUCAGUUCUUGGGAGUUCAAAACAUCUUGCAGUUGGUCCUGUCUCAAUAGCAUCACUUGUGAUGGGCUCAAUGUUAAGUGAGAGUGUUUCUCCAACACAAGACUCAAUCCUAUAUCUCAAAUUGGCUUUCACUUCAACUUUCUUUGCUGGUGUCUUCCAAGCCUCCCUUGGCCUUCUUAGGCUGGGGUUUGUGAUUGACUUCUUGUCAAAGGCAACUUUGGUUGGUUUCACUGCUGGUGCUGCAGUGAUUGUGUCACUUCAACAGCUUAAGGGUCUUCUUGGAAUUGUUCAUUUCACUGGCAAAAUGCAAUUUAUUCCUGUCAUGUCCUCUGUUAUCAACCAGAGAUCCGAGUGGUCAUGGGAAACUAUUGUGAUGGGGGUUGGCUUCUUGAGCAUUCUCUUAACCACAAGACACAUUAGCAUGAGGAAGCCAAAACUUUUCUGGAUAUCAGCUGCAUCACCUUUGGCAUCAGUUGCUCUCUCAACUCUUCUUGUAUACCUCAUCAGAUCCAAGACUCAAGCCAUUUCCUUUAUUGGACAUUUACCAAAGGGUUUGAAUCCACCUUCAUCAAACAUGUUGUACUUCAGUGGUACUCAUCUUGCUCUUGCCAUCAAGACCGGUCUCAUCACUGGGAUUCUUUCUCUUACAGAAGGGAUUGCUGUAGGGAGAACUUUUGCAUCUAUGAAGAAUUACCAAGUUAAUGGCAACAAAGAAAUGAUGGCUAUAGGUUUUAUGAACAUGGCUGGUUCUUGCACUUCUUGCUAUGUUACCACAGGGUCUUUCUCUCGAUCUGCUGUAAACUACAAUGCUGGAGCGAAAACAGCGGUUUCUAACAUUGUGAUGGCCUCAGCAGUUCUUGUGACCCUUUUGUUUCUGAUGCCACUCUUCUAUUACACUCCUAAUGUGAUCCUUGCCGCCAUCAUCUUAACCGCUGUGAUAGGCCUAAUUGAUUAUGAAGCGGCUUACAAGCUCUACAAAGUUGACAAAUUCGAUUUCUUCACCUGCAUGUGUUCCUUCUUUGGCGUUCUCUUCGUUUCUGUACCUCUUGGCCUUGCAAUAGCAGUGGGAGUUUCGGUUCUCAAGAUCUUGUUGCAUGUAACCCGGCCAAACACUGUAGAAUUUGGAAAUAUCUCAGGGACUCAGAUAUUUCAGAGUCUUAAAAGAUACAGAGAAGCCUCAAGAAUCCCUGGUUUCCUAAUUCUUGCCGUUGAAUCUCCAUUAUACUUCGCCAAUAGUACAUACCUGCAAGAAAGGAUCUUGAGAUGGGCCAGGGAAGAGGAAAAUCGAAUCAAGGAGAACAAUGGUACUACCUUGAAAUGCAUAAUUCUUGACAUGACAGCUGUGUCGUCCAUAGACACAAGCGGCCUUGAAGCAGUGUUUGAACUUAGGAGGAGGCUUGAGAAGCAGUCACUUCAGCUUGUGCUGGUGAAUCCUGUGGGGAGUGUGAUGGAAAAGCUACACAAGUCCAAGAUCAUUGAGGCAUUGGGUCUGAGUGGACUUUAUCUAACAGUUGGUGAAGCUGUGUCUGAUCUCUCAUCAACAUGGAAAGCUCAAGGCCAGCCUUGA